AUGUUGAUGGUUAUUCGGGGGUGUGCAUAUGGAAUUCGUUCACGAGGCGAAGUGUGGGAAUUUGGAGAUGGGAGAAGGACAUGGUUACCAUCGGCCAGCAACCGAACGCCAUGGCGCCACUGGGGUAGCGAGAAACAGCUCACUUCCUGCGACAUCCUUCACUCCUUUACUGUAGGUAUUGAAGUAUUCCACUUUUGUUUAGGCUGA